GGCGCAUCGCUUCAGGGGGUGAUGAAAAGUUAUGCUGUUUUCCAUCGCUCAGGUACGGCUUCCGAUUGAACAUUUUUCACUAAUUUAUCGCAGUUUUACAGUGUUAAGACAAGUCAAAUUAAACCCAACAUCUGUCAACCGUCGUCGGUUGUCCUUUUGCAUCGAAAUGACGGAAAAUAAGUCGCCCCUGCUGGAACGUGCCCGCGAUAUGGUACCACAUCUGGCGACGGAUCGCCACAAAGGCCAGGCCGGCCGUAUUGGAAUAGUGGGCGGAUCGGUGGAAUACACCGGAGCACCGUAUUUUGCUGCCAUCAGUGCCCUCAAAGUUGGAGCGGAUCUGGUACAUGUGUUCUGUCCUCAGGGUGCGGCCCAAGUCAUCAAAGGUUAUAGCCCGGAGCUGAUAGUUCAUCCGCUGCUGGAUCAAAACAAUGCCAUCAUCCAGAUUGAACCUUGGCUAGAGCGAUUGCAUGUUCUGGUUGUUGGACCAGGACUGGGUCGAGAUCGAUCGGUAAUGCAAACGGUGUCAGAGCUGAUUAAAAUCUGCAGACAGCUGUCGAAACCACUGAUUAUAGACGCCGAUGGGCUAUUUAUCGUAACGCAGGACACAAGUCUGAUAAAGGAUUAUCCAAGAGUUAUUCUAACGCCGAAUGCCAUCGAGUUCAGUCGAUUGUUCGGCAAUGACCGGGGUCGAAUUCAGGAAAACAUUGCCAAGCUGGGCGAUGGAGUGACUGUAAUCGAAAAGGGUUUGAAUGACAGGAUUUACGAUUCGCAAACGCUCGAGAAGUAUGAGUGCCCUCAGGGAGGAUCCGGGCGAAGGUGUGGCGGCCAAGGAGACCUGUUGGCAGGUUCUCUAUCCACUUUCUACUUUUGGGCUCUGGAUUAUAAGAAGGAAGUUAGUCCGGCACUAGUUGCCAGCUAUGCCGCUUGCCAUCUGACCAAACAUUGCAACAGUUACGCUUACAAGGUGAAGGGACGCAGCAUGACCUGUACCGAUAUGAUAGACCAAAUUCACCACGUGUUUGAUGAUUUUUUCGAACAUAAAAAGGAAUAGACCUUCUUUUAACAACAAAUUUACUAAAAGCUUAAGGGUUGAGGAAAAAAAAUUAUAAUGGAAAAAAGUUUUAAAAAUCAUAUCUGUGUUUUGGUCUGUUCGGUCAAUGUGAUUGAAAAUUUGUAUGAUGUAUUGAAGUUAAACCCUAAAUACGCUUAACGAAAAUAAUUCCAACGAUAUGUGGCUACUAAUGAGAAACAAACGAAAAUCUUGUGAUUGUUUCCGAUUGAAUAAAAUAAAAACAAAUAUCUUAAUUUCACUUUGGAAUAUUAAAAGGUGUUAAUGAGCUUACAAUUUUAAGGAUCUCGGUAUUAAGAAUGAUUUCUGUGUUUGGGAACGAAGUUACCUAAGUGUGUGCACGUACGAUCUCUCUAUU